AUGAUUAAACGUCAAAAGCAAAUUAUUUCAUCAUUUUAUCAAACAGUCUACUAUAUGGAGAGACAUUCUGCACGAAGACUCGAAGUUGACAAUCAUCGUUCGGAGAACAAUGCAGAUCAUUUAUCAUCAACGAGUGAUCGAGAAGUCAAAGUAAAGCAAUGGAAAAUUCUAAAGUAUCCAUUUUCCAAAGUAUUCCAUGAACAGCUGGAAGAGAAACAAGAGGGUAUAACGAAAAAAGAUCAGUACUCGACAGAAAAGAAAUGUCUAUCAACCAAAAAUAGCUUCAUAACAAGCAAACUACCACAUAUUAUUGUACCAUCGAAUGAACAACUUGCUUUUACUAACAAAUCAAUAUCAGCACUCAGCUACAAAAUUAAUUCACAAUGUAAAAUUCGAGAUGUAAAGAGAAAAAUUGAAAAGAAGACGUCAAUAAAUCAAAAUGAACAACGGUUAUUAUAUAACUUAAAAGAACUAGCAGAUAAUCAACAUCUAUCGUCUUACAAUGUUCAAAAUGGGUCUUCCCUUUCACUUGUCUUGAAAUGUCAUGGCGGCACAAAUGGCUUCGGACAGAAUUAUAGACGGAUUAAUAUCGAUAUUGCUAAAUUUAUCCAAAUAGAUGCAACGUUAAAGAAUAAUAUAAUAACUGAACAGUUGGUAGGCUAUGUUGAACGAAUACUAUGUGCAUUCGAAGAAUAUUCGCCUCGUGCUCAUAUUUACCAUCAAGUUAAAAAUAAGUUAAAAGUAUUAAAACAUAGAAAAAAAAUAACAUAUAUUAAAAACAAGAAGAGAAAAUCCAUCUGCUGGCCUACCACAAAUAUCACACUUAAAAUUGCAGUUGAAGGAGAUAAACAAGACCGAAAACUAACAACACAAUCUUCCACGAGUCAGACAACUAUAAAUUUUUCCUGGAAUGAUGCAAACUUCGUUCAUAAAUUUGAGCCAGAUGUUGAACAGAACGCCGAUUAUGCUGAAAAACUGCAAGCUCGUGGUACCGAUGAUAAAAAGAGCAACAACAGGAAUACAUCAACAUUCGAAGAUAAAUUAGGUCUAAUUAAAUAUCAGUUAGUUGCAGAUUAUGUCCGAAUUAUAUUGCCAACCGCUAUAGUUCAAAACAUGUUUCUCGAAAGUAAUGAACUAUUAGUACAUCGUCUGAAUCAAUUAUGUCGCACAAUUGAUGAAUAUUUAAUAAACAAUCAACUAUCAGAAAAGGUUGACAGAAAACAAAUGACGAUAAAUUUGAAGAAAAGAUUGAGAGACGAACAUAAUUCUGUAAAUAAAAGCAAAGAAUUAAAGUGCAUAUCAAAUCGAUCAGCGCAAUUCAGUACAACUGUACCGUUCAAGAAACCAUCCUCAAUCACGCAUCAUACAACACGCACUACUCUAAAAGUAAGUGAUGGGAUCUGAAAAGCUACACAAUGACAUUCUAAUCAGAAAUGUCAUUGUGUAGCUGCAUGGAGAGAAAUGAAUUCCCUAUGCAACGAGCUCAAAGCGGAUUUCAGAAAGAAGUUUGACUGCCUCAGAAACAGAAAAUAAAAGUGGCCGGUUUAAUCUGGUCCACCCGCUACAACCAUGUUUAACGGUAAAAAUGGCUUUCAAAAGUUAUCUGUUGUAUUGCUCAUAGAUGCAAAUUUAUUUGUUCAAUACUAAACGGUUUUUCAUCGUAAACCGUUGUUUUCUCAAAAUAAUCUUUAAAACUUCCAUUGCGAAUGAUUCAAAAACACUAAAAAAGUUAUAAAGGGUGUCAACUAAGUUCUGAUCCCCUUGUGCAGUAUUCUUUUGCUAUACGUUCCUAGGGCGAAAAAGGCUGAUAGUUACGGUAAAUGUACUAGAUGUCU